CUCAAACGCCCGCACAAAUGUACACAUUUGCACGAUCGAUACUGCUGCAAAGCUCCUCUCCAAAUGGACUGUUCCCCGGACUGUUGGACGAGAAUAAAGACCCGGCUCUUUUUGAAGAUGACGAUGCCUAUUGGCAUGCUUCGUUUGAAGUACCGUUUAUUCUCUGGGAAACAAAAAAGUAUUCGCCAAGAACUGAAGACAAUAGCACCGAUGAAACUUCCAGCUCAUUUUUACUACGACGGAACUCAGCUGAAGCCUCUAUUUCUGGCGCAGGCUUUGUAAAGAGAUACGAACCGUUUACCGAAACCUCUGAUUUGGGGCCAAAUUACGAAUGGCUUUACAAGGAGCCUGAAUUCUUUGGCUUUCGUAUUGAUCUGUCAUCAAAGGCCAUUGAGAAAUUUUGCGAAGAGCACAGACGGAACGUCGAUAAAAGUUCUGAGACCAUCAACAGAGCAGUUGAUGCGGUUCAAUCUCCAAAGCAAGAUACUCUACAGGAUUAUGGAUAUAUUAUCGACAUAUCAGGGCCUGAAUAUACCAAAAUACUUGGUCAAAGAAACUUGCCUUUCAGAAUUUUCUCGCCUGACAAGAUUCGAUCUUUCAUUGGAGGGGUUCGCGACACAACGAAUGCGAAGAAGAGGUUCUUCCAUUUUUACCGUGCCAACUUGGAUGUCGCAUUGAACUGUUAUCUGGCGUCUUCAGAAGAAGAAGAAAUAUCCUCUUUCUUCGACAAGCAUUCGUCAUAUAGUAAAUAUUUCUUCGAGGAUACGACUGCCAUUUUCAACAAAUGGGUAACAGAACUGCAUUUGUCGUUUUAUCAGGUCGUUCCAGAUGAUGCCACUUUCCAGGCCAUCCCUUGGAUGGAGACGUUUAAGUUUCCAGAUUCUGCAGGAAGUGAAAGCGACAAGCGUGUUGGCCGUGCUGUUAUGAGCUUCAGAUUUGAUGGAGAUGUUUUUGACCAUUAUUGGACGUGUCACUUUUUUGAUCAUAAUCCACAAUGGUUGUCUAACACUCAAGCAGGCCGUCCACUAAUUAGCUCGAGGCAUAUUAGCGGUACUUUAGAAGCCGACCCCUGGCAGCAACGGAGAGUUUUGGAGCUUUUGCUAUUUGAUAUCAUUCUUAAAGAAAUGAUCAAAGGUACCAAAGGAAUUCUUGAAGAGAUCAUGACGAGUGUUUUGACAAGUUCCCACUCCCACAAACAUCGAGCCACGGAUCAGCCGACAGUCGAUUUUUCUGAAAUCGAUGCAUCAACUCUCUUGAAUGCUCUUGAAGUGCUUUCUAAAGUCGACAGUAACACUUUCGCUUCAAAAAACGAACUAUGGAACAAAUUCCAGCGUAUUCUUCAAGUCAUCGAAGACGACCUCAAAGAGAGUCUAACAAUGAUUGCACUUUGGACAGAUCGAGAAGAAAAAAGAAACAUUAUCAAAGCAGGGUGGACUCCUCGUAAGGAGCAAAAAUACCAAGGAGCAAUAUCCAGAUUAAAGCUACUAAAUAGCCACAAAAUUCACGAGCUGAGAAGAUGCGGUGCUAAUGUAGCAUCGUUCAACAUGCUACUUACCAGGAGAUUGGAGGUAAUGCGCAACGACUUGGACACCAAAAGCAACGUUGAUAUCCGACUCUUCACAUAUGUUACAGUUGUCUUUCUUCCCGUCAGUUUUGCCACAGGAGUGUUCAGUAUGAGCGGUGCGCCAACAAGGGAGCUGUUAGGCAGCAUGGCUUCGACAGCGUGUGUUGCUCUGUUGAUAACUGUGGUAGCAUUGCUCAACGCAAAGGUCUUGGGCGCAGAACUCUUCGGACCCAUCUUUAAUGGCAUUCGACCGCUGUCCGAGGCAGCACUGCGUCCAAUAUUCCGCUUUUGCACUGGAUUGAUCUAUCUGGUCUUACUCUCCAUUAUAUCGAUUUUGCCCAACAAAUGGAUUUAUUUCCUUCAAAAAAGAAUUGAAAAAGCAGCAUCAGAGCAGUCAAGUCUACAGACUAGUGCAAAUGAAGGCUUCAUCGACCGCAAAGUAAAGCAAAUCCGAAACAAAGUAAAAGAAAUCGAAAAGGAAAUCGGGGAAGAAGAAAGAGAAAGGAGAAAGAAGCAGAAAGAAGAGAAAAGGAGAAGGAAAGAAGAGGAGGAGGAAGAAAGAAGGAGGGAGGAGGAAGAGGACGAAAAAGAAAGGGAAAGAGAGGGAAAGAAAAGAGAGUCAAAGGAAAAAGAAGAGGGCGUCGAGGAGAGGCGAGAGGAGGUCGCGAGUUUACGUCAAGCCGACCAAGAUCCGGCGACAGCAAGAGGACGCACCGGAGAUUCUAGCGACAAUACAGUCGCAAUGUCUAACAUGGAUGUCGAUGAAGGAGCUCCAAGAAACAUUUUCGAGCGAAUACGGCAUCGGUUUGGGGGUGGAAGGUCGAGAAUUAAUAGGUCGGAUGUAUAGCUCAAAUGCUUUACGCGAAGAAAGCUUUCGGCGCCGUCGUUGGUCACUCUAUUGGCAUUACGUUAUCUACAUUGAAGAAAUCAUAUAGAAAGAAUCUUCAUAAAUAAUGUAACAUAUGGUUUCAUGUCUUUCUCAUCGAUUUGGGUUGGUGCUAAAGCAAAGAGUCCCACUCAUCUAAUGGCGCGUACGAAAGCUGUGAAAACGACGAUUAAUGAAAUAUAAACAUCUCGAAAUCUGAAAAAUGGGGGGAUGAGCUCGGGCGCGAAUAGCGAGAACUUUUUGAUGAAUAGGUCGAUAGGCGACAAUAUUACUCUUGUUAACUGCGUG